GUGGGGUUUCAUGCGCCAGGCCGCCUCGCCGCCCACGCUCUUUCCCUUUGCCAAGUCGAAGUGCUUCUCGGACUGUGGCGAUCGGAAGCGCGGCCGUCCGACGCACUCGUGCAUGCCCAGAAUUAUUGACAUGCCGUAUAUUCUCUUCGCGGGGCCCUGGAAAGUCAUCGGUCGGGCGACGCGCGUUGCGCUGGGAAUCCCAGGCGCAGGGCGCGAGAUCCCGAGCAUCAGCGACGUCGGCAGGGCUCUGAGGCAGGACCUGCAGUCACUGGCGGCACCUGCCCCUGAUGGGUGCUGCAUGCGCUGCGACUGCCAGUUGCGCGGCUGCCUCCGGGUCUCGACUCUCGAUAUGGACCGG